AUUCCUCGUGUACUUUUCUUUUUCAUCUAAUUUUCUCAUUUUUCUCCCUUUUUAAACAUUUUAUUACCAAUACUAGUGCAUGCCCAACUAGUUGAGCGCACAAGGGUUUCUUUGCAUUAUUUGGGUAUUCACUCGCAGAUUUUUUUAUUUAUUUAUUUAAAAUGCAAUACCAAAACACAAAGGCGAGCCGAAGAUCAUCAUCAUCGGAGUCAUUGGGGAGGGUGGCUAGGUUGGCAUCAGCAAGUGCAGUGGUGAUUUUUAGCUUGAGCACGUGUUGCAUGUGCCAUGCAGUGAAGAGGUUAUUUUGUGAGUUGGGAGUCAGCCCAACGGUGUAUGAGCUAGACCAAGACCCUAAUGGACAAGGGAUGGAGAGAGCACUCUCUAAACUUCUUGGAAAUUCAUCUGUUGUUCCGGUAGUGUACGUAGGUGGAGAACUAAUCGGAUCGAUAGAUAGAGUCAUGGCUUCUCAUAUUAAUGGCACUCUUGUCCCACUUCUCAGGGAAGCUGGAGCUCUCUGGCUUUAAUUCGAAUUUUAUUUCUUUUUCUAUGGUGAUUGUUCCGGAUCACAUUGAAAUUAUUCUGUUUGUUAGUUUGUUUAAAAAAAGAAUGAUAUUUU